AGCAGUAGUCAGUCACUCGCGGCUGACCGUACCGAGCGGUCGCGCACUCGAUACUCUCUCAUUCUCUCGUCUCUUCCCUUUCAAUCCCCUGCGCUAUAGGUCGGGAAGUAUACACGGCAACGGACAGUAUACGCAACAAAGGUGUCCCGAUGUCGGCGAAGAUCUUCUCGCCCCCCUGGCGGCCUCCGUUCAGCUGAGAGAGUGCGAGCUUACCGUUUCUUUUUCUUUACCCUACACUCGAAUCCCUCGGCGGCGAAGUGCAAGUUCAAGGCUUGCCAGAGCGACCGGCCCUCCCGAUGCUGAUCGCCAGCGACUGCCCUGCAGAGAGUGCGAGGGAAGAUGUGACGGCUGUUGUUGUGUUGUCGGCCGAGUGAAUUGUGAAGUAGUAGUACAUGCACGGUAGUAAGUAGUAAUCUGCCGAGGGAGAGCUACUCUGUCGCGUAUAUAGUGAGAACGCCGGCGAUCGUUGUUAUUAUUAUCGUCGUCGUCGUUCCCUGCGCGCGAAGGGAAAGAAGAAGAAGAAGCCAGUGAGUCGGGAAAGUUUGUGUCGCUUGUUGUGUGCGCGCCGGAGAAUUGCGGAAAUCGCCCGUGGACGUGGAAUAAAAUCCUCGAGAGGAGAGGGAGAGAGCUUUGAGUAAGUGUCGCAAAUACUCCGUCAAUCGAAACUCCACCGCAUAUCGUCUGCUGACACGCUCGUCAAGCUUCUAAAAGGUGAGUCGCCAACGCCAUCGCCGAGACCCAAAAUCCUCCGCCUUGCCAGCUGCGCAGCCGUUCUCCGCAAGCGUCAUCGUCCUCGCCAUCAUCAUCAACGCGCCGAGAUCCACAUCAGCAGCAGCGGCGGCGGAGGCCAAGAGCAAAGAUCGCAGCUGAGCUGGCAGAACGCCGAAGGCCGCCGCAGCACCGCACACGCCGGCACCUCGGCGCUGGUGGCGGCAGCGGCGGCGGCGGCAGCGGCCCCGGAGCUUGCAAGCUCGUAGGCCUGCUGCUCGUCCUCGCGAUUCUCCAGAUCCAAGGCGCAAGGGCGGCCGACGAUGCGCCGGCGAGGAUCUUAGAGACCGCCGGUAGAAGUAGCCCAGCUGCCGUACACGGGAGACCCGAUGCAGCUGACCGCGCAGGUUACGAGGGUCGUCAGGAGGAUGGACGAGCGGAUGCUGCUCGCGAUGAGGGCCACCGCGGCGAGGUCGCGGAGAGCUGGCUCCUCGGUCACUUAAUGCUCGAACCGUCGUCCAUCGAUCAGCAGCAUCAGCGGGAGGAAAGGAGGCCCGGAGGAGCAUCGCGCGCUCGUCGAGAAGUGCGUAGUAUGCCAAAGUCGCCGGAGGCUGCCUCGUCCUCGCAUGCCAGCAGUAUCAAGCCCUACGAGGCGUUGGCCAACACGAGGCGAAGGAGUCCGGAGGAGCAGGAGGAGCCACCAGCUGGCCGACGCAUUGCCAUGUCCCUGUCGGACGUCUCGGGGGUCGCGGUUGCCGCGGCCGUCGCCGCAGCCAACGGCAGCAGUAGUCCCGGACUCGGGACCUCGACCAUCGGCCCCGGCAUGGGCCUCGUUCUCAACGACUCCGCCGAGGAGGGCAAUCACACGACUCGGCCCCUCGAGCAUCCGAUCGAUGUAUCCAGAGCGAUAAUACUGGGCUGCAUCCUCGGGACUAUAAUAGUGACGGCGGUGUUCGGCAAUUUGCUGGUGAUGGUGUCGGUGAUAAGGCAUCGGAAGCUACGCAUCAUCACGAACUACUUCGUCGUGUCCUUGGCGCUGGCCGACAUGCUGGUGGCCAUGUUCGCCAUGACGUUCAACGCGAGCGUCCAGGUAACGGGCCACUGGCUCUUCGGCUACUUCAUGUGCGACGUCUGGAACUCGCUCGACGUCUACUUCAGCACAAGCUCGAUCCUCCAUCUCAUGUUCAUCUCGGUCGAUCGAUACUACGCCAUCGUCAAGCCGCUUAGCUACCCGAUCAGCAUAACGAAGCGCGUCGCCUGCUACAUGCUGCUCGUCUGCUGGAUCUCGCCUGCCAUCAUAUCCUUCGUGCCGAUCUUCAACGGCUGGUACACCACCGAGGAGAACGACCUCUUCCGACACGCUCAUCCCGACGAGUGCAUGUUCAAGGUCAACAAGGGCUACGCGAUCAUGUCGUCCUGCAUAUCCUUCUGGAUACCCUGCGCCAUCAUGAUCAUGAUGUACCUGGCUAUCUUCAGAGAGGCCAACACCCAGGAGAAGCAGAUUCACAGUCGUACGGCCAACGCGAUGCUGCUCAGUCACAGGCCGAGCAGGGACCUGAACAACGUCAACGGUGAGCUCAACAGCGGCGGUGGCUCCUCGAAGACGCUCACGCUCAACGAGACGAAGACGUACUUGCAGGUGAGCGGCGCGGUGGAGCACCUGCACACCCCGACGAAGGACCAAAAGGUGAUAAAGAUGAAGCGCGAGCACAAAGCAGCGCGAACGCUCGGCAUCAUCAUGGGCACGUUCAUCCUCUGCUGGCUGCCCUUCUUCCUCUGGUACGUGAUAACGGCCAUCUGCGACCCGGAGACGUGUCCGUGUCCCGACAUCGUCGUCUCGAUUCUCUUCUGGAUCGGCUACACCAACUCGGCGCUCAAUCCCAUCAUCUACGCCUACUUUAACCGGGACUUCCGGGAGGCCUUCAAGAACACUCUGCAGUGCGCUUUCUGCUCGCUCUGCCGACGCGAGCCAUCCGAUCUCGAGGCCCUUGACUUCCGCAGGCCGUCGCUCAGCUCGUUUAUAUCAUCAUGUCUUUCUCCUCACCCGGGGAGAAACCCGUGCUAUUGCUGUUGCAGGUACGACGACCGCACGAAGAGCAUAUAUUCGGAGACGUAUGUCAAGCACAAUGAUCGGCGAACAUCGAGCGACUUCGGCAGCAGUCUCUGAGACGAAAGGAAAUUUAGAUUUUAAGUUACAUAAAACCGCUCACGGCGCCCUUCAAUGAUGUAUACACACACGCGCGAGAACCCACCUACAUACACACGUUAUUAUACACACACACACACGUACAUACAAGAACACCCACACAUUAUCUCGCGUAUACUGCUGCGGAGCGCAAAGAUAUAUAUAUAUAUAUAUAUAAAUAAGCAGCUGUGUGACACUGAACAAAGAUUCUUGUAUAAGUUUAUUAUAUUCUGUAAUACGUCUAUAUCCGCGCACCGGUCGGAGUGCGUAUAUAUAUUAUUAUUGUCCUCGUCUUCUUAGCGACGUGUACCGCUGCUACAAUAUAUAUAUAUAUACAUAAUGUCUCUGUCUCAGCCACACGACGAAGGGAUACUGAUGCAGAGCCGCAGCCCGUAUACGACGCUCUUAAUAUAAUAUAUCGAAAGAGAGAGAAGGAGAAGCUCUAUAUAAUGGCAGCGCCACAUACGACACAAAGACACAACCGACGCGACGUAUAGCCAAACUCUCAUUUAAGUAUAGACAUGAUGAUAUACAAUAUGACUAUAUUAUAUCUCCGCAUAAUGUUUGUGCUAGGUUUGUAAUCGCAUAUUGCCAAAGUUAGCUUGUAAGCGAGUGCUUCGUGUUUUAGCCAAUAUGUGUGUGUGUGUGUGUGUGUGUGUAUGCGUCUGUAAGCUGCGAAUGUGAUCUGAACGAAUGUACACAGUAUAUAUCUAGAGUCUUGCCGAGGUCGAGCGCAACGCGUUGUCACAGUUGACUUUAGAGCUUUCCGAGAGAAAUGUGUUGGGAGCUUUUUACGACUUCUCUAGACAUAAAUAUUAUUCAUAUCACUUUUAACACGCGAAUACUUCCUAUAAAGAGUAAUUUAAUUUUCUUAUGAGACAAAGAGAGAGCAACCGAAAACCUCAUAACGCCUAUAUCGAUAUACAUAUAUCAUAUACAUACAUUCAUAUCUCUCUCGAGCAAAGCUGAAAACAAUUGAUACGAAAGAACGAGUGAAUGAGCGCGAAAUUUUGAGGUUCACCUCUCUAUAUACUCACCCUCGUCGUAUAAUACACUCCGUGAGGGGUGGAUUCGAGGAAACGAUUUGUAUCUUCGGAUUUAUGGAUUUAUAUAUAGUCGCGGUUGAUCUCGGCACGUUCCUAUGUUCUCUGCGCCGCCCACGAGAUAGAGAGACAGAAUUACGCGACGACUUUUCUACGCUCGAAGUACAUAUCUUCCGAGUGUUUUAGCUAUACACAGCGACACGCGCAAGUGAUUUUUAAGUGUAAAGUGCUCGUAAGUGUAAAACUAUUAUUAUGUAUACGUUAGGGAAAAAUUUGAAUGCAGACAAGGAACGUGCUGGAUCGCGAUUUUUCCUUCGUUUACUCAAAAAUCCUAGCAAGAGAAUUUUUUGUGUGUAUAAAGAGGGUCACUAAUAUUUUAAUAAACUUUCUCGAUAUUACUUGUGCGGGAAAGAAUUUUGCGUGGAAGGAAGCGCGUUGGCGCUCGACUUUGGACAGCGUCUCGAAGCAAUAUAUAAAUAAAUAAGAUGGAGCGAGAGAUGAGAGCAAAACAAAUACACUUGUUUGAGGAGCAUACACACGCGUAUACUCGGUUUACCCGAUAUUAUUGGCUCGCGAACGUGUAUAACGCGCGAUUCUACGAUUGAUUUCAAGUCUGAUCACGAUGAUGUUAUUUCUUUUUUUGAGGGGCUACGGGUUGUUAUAUUAUUGAAAUAUUUAUUGAAGCAAUUCGUCCAGUUAAAUUCGUGAGUAAGAAAAUAAGUAUUUAAUUGUAUUGGAACACCAGAGCGCUAUUCAUUGUUCAGAUAUAUUGAUUAUCGUUGUGGUUGUUGAGUAUUUGCCUUUAAUUUUCUUACUCAUACGUGCUAUUUAUGCGGAAUCGAAAAAAUUCCUGAUGGAGUAUUUUACAGUCCUAAUGCGCAAUAUGUAUAAAGUAAUAGAAAAAUUCUCUCGAGAGUUUUCCGUACAAUUUGCAAUAAUAAAUCAGGAAAUUCAGUUUCAUCGGAACUAUAAACAAACAAAUCGGGACUUUGAAUUCGAAUGCUCGACAGGACGAAAGAUUCCGCGGCUUUGUGUAACUUAAAUAGUUGUUCCGCCCCCUCAAAAAAAAAAAAAUAUCAGGCUCGAAAUUCCUCAAGCGCGCGCGCGACGACAGAUGAGGAAAAAAGAGAGAAAGCCGGCGGCGCUCCGUUGACGUUUUCACGGCUGAUUUCACGCCGAGCUCCUCUCCUUUUUUUCUAUCUGUAUAUCCAAAUCGAAGCAGUUUCCCCCUCCUGACGCGGGAACAUUUUUCCCUCGUUCGCAUCAGAGGGAAGCGACAAAGAGACUCCUCUUCUCGUGCCACGUUGACGCGCGAUGGAUCGCAGAUUCGCUAUACCUACUUUUUAGGGAACUCGCUCUCGCUUUUUCUCUUGGAGAGAUUGUUUUCUUUUAUUCGCUCGCUUCCGAGCCGGUGAGCGGGAUGAGCCGCUUAGCUUAUUAUUGGCUGGCUGGAUUUUAUUCGAAGGAUACGAGGGGUCGUCGUCUUAGAUUUUUCAGUGUUAUUUAUUUAUUGCUUGGGAUGCGCGAAUAAUUUUAAAAGGUACAGCAAAUCGACAAUUUCUCGCUUGAUCAUGACAUGAUGUUAGGAUUGUAUAGUUUUAGUGAUGUAAUUAGGAAAUUUGGAAAAAUUAUGCUUAUUAUUUCAGUCUAGAUGCUUUUACUAGCUGUUGAUGAAGUGGCUUAGUUCGUAAGGGAGGAGAGAGAUUUUUAUUGUCAGUGAAAAUCACAAAGGUCUUCUUCUGUCGUUAUUCGGGUUUUGUUAGAUUUUUUUUAUUUCGAUAACUUGUUGAAAGAGUUUUACUUUUCAAUAACCCUCUUAUGAUUCGUUGAAGUAAUUGGGUUGAAUUUUAUUGCACGAAUAAUGACAGCAAAGAUUGUAAUAGUGUAAAUACUGUUUGUAAAUAAAAAAAAAACAUUUGUACAUAUUGUUUUAUUUGAUUAGAUUUUAUCGAAAAUAGAGAGUAUACCGUUUCCUUGAAAUUGUGCAAGUUUGCUGUAUUCUUCAUUAUGUAUAGACAAGACCUCGAAAGCUAUGAUUUAUUAUAUUUUUUAUACAUUUUAUUAUCACGUUAUACAUCCACAUAUAAAGUUAUACGUUACGUUUUAAAAGUAUAUUGCAAGAGUAUGCGAUCAGCCGAGUCAAUGUGGUACGAAAGGAGCGCAGAAUGGUAUACAGUCUAUGAAAAAUAAAAAGUUUUUAUUGUUUGAUUGUUGUAAAGACUAUUAUGUUAGUUUUGUGAAAAAAAUUUAUUUAUUUGUUUAUUUUGUUCGUUUUUACCAAAACGACACACAACACGAAAAUUGUACACUCGUAUAUGAGAGAAAAAAUUCUACAUUGAAGAGAAGUUACCCGUAAAGAUUUAUAAAUAAAUAUAUAAAUAUAUAAAUAAAUAUAAUUAUACGAAAGCGUUAUCAUUAGCUAAGAAUAUAUUUUGUGAUCUAAUCGUGAAUGCUACUGCGAGUUAUUAAAAGUAAAAAAAUACAAAAUAGAAACUGUGUCUGUUUUCUGUGCGCGAGAGUGAGAAUUUUAGGGUUUGUAUUUUUUAAUGAAAAAAACUGUAAAUACUAGCUGUUUUUUCAAAGUAUGUUCAGUUGCGCUUUUUGUGUAUUUUCCUUUCGAGAUGGAGCGCGAUUCCACUGAUACACGACCGAAGACUCGAGAGAGAGAAAAAUAGCUCGCGAUGUAUAUGAUAAGCCAAAAUCGGCCGAGAUUCUUAAUGUCGCUUUUAAUAUUAAUACUUAAUAAAUUGUAUUGCUGUCUUGCUUUUUCUCUCGCGAGAAUUUCGGUUGCGCGCCUUCGAGUGCAUUAGAGAGAAAAAACAACCCAUAACUUGUAAUACUUUUACGAAUCUCCUAACCCAUGCGUACAUGCAUUAAAAACAAAAAAAAACACUCACUAAUAUAUAAAUUGUAUUAGAUCGAGAAAAGCUUUUAUUAUUUUUUCUUUCAUUUUAUAUCGUUUUUAAAGAAAAAACAGAACCGUACAUAGUAUAUGCAUAAAAACACAUACACUUGUUCUGACGUCGAACGAGAAGAAACUUGUUGAUCUUUGUUAAUGAAUAAAAAAUUAUGAAAAAUAUAAAAUAAUAAACGAUUAAAUGUGUACAAUACGAAUCAGAGUUAAUGUACAAGAGAGAGAAAGAGCGAUAGGGAUGAGACAGAUGGGAUGAUGAAAAGAAACCGAUGAAACGUCGACAUGAGAACAAAAAAAAAGGAAAGGAAAGAACGCGAUAUGCGCCGCGCGGUAGUGACAAGCUGAUUUUAUAUUCCGCAAAUCAAUGUUUUCCUCGAGCGAAUGAGAGAGAGAGAGAGAGAGAGAGAGAGAGAGAGAGAGAGAGAGAGAGAGAGAGAGAAAUCUGUCUGGCUGGCUGUCGGUUUUCCCCCUCGUCGUCGUCGAGUUCAAGUGAAAACGGCACGAAUCCGGUCAGACGCGCGAAGCCGACCCCGUUAUAUCGUCGUGCACCGUAUCUCUCCUGACGCUUGCUAUAUCGAAGGGGGCGACUUUUUUCUCAUUUUCCAAUCGGCCGUUCUCUAAUGCAUUUAGAUAUUACACUGAAGUGAACAUUUUCCAAGUUUGUUCCAAUGUUUUAUCAGUGCGUUCUCUCUUGGAUUUCUCGUACGUAUAUCGGAACACAUCGAAUAUAUAUUGCAUUUUCAAAAUUUUCCAACUGUCUCUCCGAAGGACAACAGAGAAAACCAGCAUUUAUAGAGCAAAAGCAAAGCUGCUUAUCGCGAAGUCGAACCAAUACCAAACCGUGGUCGGAAGGCAGUCGACGUAACGAGCAUAAUAGUACACGAGAGAGAAGAUUCGAUAAAGCGCAUUUCGCGGUGCGGCACAAAACGCGCGUAUUACAUGAGGGUCAGCGUAUGGACAAGGCACAAAGACACGGGACAUGAAAAGCAAUACGUAUACGUUAAGAAUCAUCGCUGCACAAAAAACGAAAAAAUAAUAAUCGGAGUGAAAGAGGGCUACCAGAAGAGAGAAAGGAACAAAAACGUAUAAUAUUAACGAACCACACAAUACUACCGCCGUUAUAUAUAGUAGCUUUUUUUGUAGUCCCCUUCCCUCAAGGGAUCCAUGCAUCCGCUGUACCGUAAAAAUUAUUCGAGCAGUGCUAUACUUUCCUUUCGUUCUUUUUAAUACAACCUAUUAUAUUAUGUAUAACAACAAUGUUUGUAUGUUUUGUAUUUUUUAUCAUUUCGAUUGUAAACGACGUUUGUACAUAAUUACUAAAGCAUUAAAGUAUAAGUGUAUUACAAACUGUUAACAGGCUUUUCUUCAAACACACAGACACAGACAUCACACACGCACUCGUCGAUAUAGAGAGAACUUCGUUGCUGCAGUGUAUAUGGGAAUUAAGAGGAAAGAGAGCAGUCACGUCUGCGAGCUAGCGGAGGCGGAAAAAAGAAUAAAUAUUUGAUCGGUUUAAUUUCCGAAUGGUUUUUACGGUAUAUACAUCUCCUCGAGAGCGGAAUCGGAAAGAGAGAUAGAAAAAAAGCUCGUCGUCAUUACCUGCUUGAUUGAACUCACGUACACGUAUACGUAUACCUGCUCGAUCGUCGCUCGACAAAAGAGAGAACUUUAUAGACUAUAACACAGACAAGGGGGUGAAAGAACCGAAAAUCAAUAAUUACCUAAUUAAAGAGGGGAGAGGAUAGGACGCAAUUGUAUCACAGAGAGAAGAUACGUCUGACAUGCUGCGUAGACGCAUCGAGACAGAAAUUAAUAAUAAUAAUGAAAUGAUAUUCUAAUAAUUGUAAUAAUGUAAUAUUAACGAAGAGAUCCAGUGUUACCGUAUCAAAUUCUAAUCGUGAUCAAGACUUAACAAAAAAACGUAGGUUAUACGUGAAACACAAUUGUGUAUUCAACGUAAACGAAAAAAAAAGCUCAACUAUUUCUACGAUGUUUGUAUAUAUAAAUUAACAAAACUGUAGCACUUGGCAAGCCGAUCAAAAGGAAAAAAAAGAAACACUGCGCCGUGUGUACACGCUAUUAUAUAACAAUAAAAGACGACCGCAUUUCAUUAAACAAACUGUACAACACAACCCUCCGUUAGCUCGUAUUUCCCGUGUGACGUAUUACCGUGAUUCGAUUUGAAAAUUCCUGCGCGCGAUGAAAGCCCGCGGUGAGUAAAUGGAAACUUGGCUCGGCGCGCAUACGCUUCUCGAGAGAGAGAGA